AUGAGUGCUUUCCAUGCAGGCAAGUGCUCGCCUGCUGCCUUCCCAGGGGUCGCGCCAAACCUUAAAGCACAAAAACCUGCGACCAACCAAACAAAACCAAACAGCACCAGCCACCCACAAAGACCGCAACGACCAGGACGCCGGAAGCCGAUGGCCGCGACAGACGCCAGCCGAGCCAGCCCGCCGCAGGACGAGCUGGGCGAGGAGGCCGGGCCGCGCCGGAUCCAUGCCCGCAACCUGUCCGUCUUCUUCCCCCAUCCCGAGCAGCUCAUCCAGCAGCCGGCGCCGGCGGAGAGCGCCGAGGAGGCCGACGCCCAGGUGCUCGACAUCCCGCCCGCCACGCUCCUUGCCCACUCGCCCUCCUUCGGAAGCGCCGGCUCGCCCAGGACCCGCCGCGGACACCACCAUCGCCACUCGCUCUCGCACAACUUCUUCCCCUUCCUGGCCGAGAAGCCUGUUUCAGCUGGCUCGAGUGGCCCGACACGUCAGAGCCUGGAGGACGAGCCCCGGCCAGGGUAUAAGAAGGCCUUCCGCGGCCCAGGGAUUGAGGAGCAACCACUGAUCAGUCCCAGCUGGAGCUUCCCCCGGACGCCCUUGACACCCAACUCCGCGCUUCCGAAGCCCGUGCCGACGGACCUGCACCACCCCGGCAUCGUGCGCACCCUUCCCGCCUCCAGUCCCCGCGCCCGACACACCCACCGGCCGAUGCUUCUGCGUCUGCUCUACACCGUCCUGGCCAUGCCCUCGAGGCUCGUCCAGCUCCGCAUCCUCGUCGCCGCCCUCGCCCUGGCCACAGGCGCAACGCUCUGGCUGCGCGGCCAGCAGACCGACUGUCUCUCGCUCGCCGGCCUCGGCUAUCUGCUCGUCUUCGACGCCCUCGGCGCCGCCCAUGCGCUGCUCUUCGACCCCCGCCCGGACGACGGAACGGACCGGCUCUGGGACGCCUUGGGCCGCAAGGACGCCGGCGCUAGCAUCCGCCUACCCUUCGGGAGGGCGAGAUUGGCUACCCUGAGCAUCUUCACCCAGGCCCUCUUCCUGCUCUUCAGUGCCAUCUACGUCUGCAAAGAAGCCGUCGAGCACAUGAUGAUGAGCCACCCGCAUGGUCCGGACAACGCUGGCGGGGGCGGGGGGAGCCAUGUGGGCCACUCCGAGCGCCACCAAUCCGAGAUGGAGAUCUCGUGCACGCUUGUGGGCUCCGCUAUCGGCCUCGUCCUCUUCGACGCCCUGGUCUCGCGCAACCACCAAGCAAUGGCCCUGAUCGCCGCCGGCGGGGGAGAAUCGACGACGAGCGGGGGCAGCGAGCGGAUGCUGAACGCGUUCUCGACGCUGUCGCUGGGCUUCGGCUUGCUCGUGAUGGUCUGCGGCUGCUUCAUCUCUCCAAGCCAGUCCGGGAAGGCCGACGGCCUCAUCGCCCUCCUGCUCGUCUUCGCCAUCGUCAAGCUCGUCUGGCCCGUCCUCGUCGACACGGGCUCGGUGCUCCUGCAGACCGCGCCCAGCGAGGCGGCCGGUUCGAGCGCCGAGGCCAGCACCCUCGUCCGCCGUCUCUCCGCCUUGCAGAAAGACCCGCAGCGAGCGCCGGUCCUCAAGACAUAUCUGGCCGGCAUCGAGCGGCCGAAGCUGUGGCGGCUGACGGCCAGUCCGCAAGGCCUGCUCGUCUGUGCCCUCGACGUCCGCGUCCGCGACGACACGCCCCCCGCCGCCCUCCUCCGCGUCUCCGAGGCCGUCCGCACCGCCCUCCACAGCCUCCCGCUCGAGCUCACCGUCGUCAUCAAGUGUGUAGUCCAACCCCAAAAGAAAGAAAAAAAUGGAUAG